AUGCAGAUUUUUGUCAAGUUCCAGGGCAAGUCCACCGCUGUGGACGUGACUGCCGCGUCUGUUGACGAGUUCCGCGCCGAUGUGGCCGCCCGCACUGGCGUCCCGGCCGCCGAGCAGGUCCUUGCCUUCAAUGGCAAGCUCCUCUCGGAGCUGUCUGCUCUCGAGCACGGUGACACCAUCAACAUGAACCUCCGCCUCGCCGGUGGUGCCAAGAAGCGCAAGAAGAAGGUGUACACCACGCCCAAGAAGGUCAAGCACCAGAAGAAGAAGGUCAAGCUUGCCGUCCUCGCCUACUACCAGGUCGACAACAACGGCAAGAUCACCCGUCUUCGUCGUGAGUGCCCCGACUGCGACGCCGGUGUCUUCAUGGCCACCCACUUUGACCGCCAGUACUGCGGCAAGUGCGGCCUGACCUACGUCUUUGACCAGCAGCAGUAA